AUGUCACUCAUUUCCUUCGUUCCAACUUGUCUUGAUCUUACCUUCUUCGUGAUCAUCUUCUCCGGUUUCGUUUUCCUUCUCAUCCGAUGGACUUCGAAGACGAAGAAACGUUUAAACCUUCCUCCAGGUCCGCAUGGUUGGCCGGUGGUCGGAAACCUAUUCCAAUUCGCUCGCUCCGGUAAACCGUUUUUCGAAUACGCAGAAGAAUUAAAGAAAACAUACGGUCCGAUUUUCACACUGAGAAUGGGUACUCGAACAAUGAUCAUCAUCUCCGACGCAAAUCUAGUCCACGAAGCUUUAAUCCAGCGAGGAGCUCUGUUCGCUUCUCGACCCGCCGAGAAUCCGACCCGAACAAUCUUCAGCUGCGAUAAAUUCACCGUAAACGCCGCCAAAUACGGUCCGGUUUGGAGAUCUCUAAGAAGAAACAUGGUUCAGAACAUGCUUAGCUCGACCCGGCUCAAAGAAUUCGGGUCGGUUAGAAAAUCCGCCAUGGAUAAACUCAUCGAGAGGAUCAAAUCGGAAUCUGAACAACACGACGGGUUAAUCUGGGUUCUCAAAAACGCAAGAUUCGCUGCGUUUUGUAUUUUGUUGGAGAUGUGUUUCGGAAUCGAAAUGAAUGAAGAAUCGAUCGAGAAAAUGGAUGAGAUUUUGAAAACUGUGUUGAUGACUGUAGAUCCACGAAUCGACGAUUACCUUCCGAUUCUCGCUCCGUUCUUCUCUAAAGAAAGAAAACGAGCUCUCCAAGUCCGCCGUGAGCAAGUCGAUUUCGUCGUCGGAUUCAUCGAGAGACGAAAGAGAGCGAUUCAAAACCCAGGAUCCGAUAAAACGGCGUCGUUUUUCUCUUACUUAGAUACGCUUUUUGACUUAAAAGUAGAAGGUCGUAAAUCGACGCCGUCUAACGAAGAGCUCGUGACUCUCUGCUCGGAAUUUCUUAACGGAGGGACUGACACGACGGGGACGGCGAUCGAGUGGGGAAUCGCGCAGUUGAUAGCCAAUCCGGAGAUUCAAUCUCGUCUCUACGAUGAGAUCAAAUCGGUCGCCGGCGAUCGGAGAAUCGAGGAGAGAGACGUGGAUAAAAUGGUCUUUUUACAAGCUUUUGUUAAAGAGCUUCUUCGGAAACAUCCACCGACUUAUUUUUCACUGACGCACGCCGUGAUGGAGACGACGAAGCUCGCCGGAUACGAUAUUCCGGCAGGCGUAAACGUCGAGGUUUAUAUUCCGGGUAUUAAUGAGGAUCCGAAUAUUUGGGUUAACCCGAAGAAGUUUGAUCCGGACCGGUUUAUGCUGGGUAAGGAAAAUGCUGAUAUAACCGGGAUUAGUGGAGUGAAGAUGAUUCCGUUUGGUGUUGGACGUAGGAUUUGUCCAGGGCUUGCAAUGGCGACCGUACACGUGUACUUGAUGCUUGCGAGGAUGGUUCAAGAGUUUGAGUGGUGUGCUUAUCCACCGGGAAGUGAGAUUGAUUUCGCCGGCAAAUUGGAGUUUACGGUGGUGAUGAAGAAUCCGUUGAGAGCUAUGGUUAAAUCUAGGGUUGGAAAUACUCAGCCAGUCCCAAAGAAGAUCAAGUUCGAUGAAGACUACGGUUCGAUGCCGAUUUCGGAAGCUCGAUUCCAACUCAGUGAUCUCUAA